AUGUUGGUGGAGAUGGGACAAUCUCAUCUGUUUCAUCAUUGGUCUCAACCAGGUUCUGAUGACGAUCAAGACAAGAGAGGUUUCUUUGAUCAGGUGAAUAAGCUUGACACUAGCUACCCUGGUGGAUUGGCUUCUUACAUCCAAAAUGCUAGAAGGCUGCUCGCAGAUUCAAAAGAAGGGAAGAAUCCGUUUCAUGGCUUUACUCCUUCUAUUCCAUCGGGAGAGAUUCUUACCUUUGGCGAUGAAAACUUUGUAAACUUUGAGGAAGCUGGCGUCAAGGAAGUACGCAAUGAUGCAUUUGUUCUUGUUGCAGGUGGGCUUGGGGAACGUCUUGGCUACAAUGGAAUUAAGCUGGCUCUUCCGUCAGAGACCACAACUGGGACAUGCUUCCUACAACACUACAUUGAGUCUAUUCUAGCUCUGCAAGAGGCAAGCUGUAGAUUGGCACAAGGUCAGUGUGAAGCACAGAUUCCUUUGAUUAUUAUGACAUCAGAUGACACAAAUGCGCCUACAUUGGAUCUUUUAGAGUCAAAUGCUUAUUUUGGAAUGAAGCCGAAUCAGGUGAAGCUGCUUAAGCAGGAAAAGGUGGCAUGCUUAGAUGAUAAUGAUGCCAGGCUUGCAGUGGAUCCUGUCAACAAAUACCGAAUUCAGACAAAACCUCAUGGGCACGGGGAUGUUCAUUCACUUCUAUAUUCCAGUGGCCUUCUGAAAACAUUGAAGGAUGCAGGUUUGAAAUGGGUUCUAUUUUUUCAAGAUACUAACGGCCUGCUUUUUAAGGCAAUACCGUCAGCACUUGGGGUUAGUUGCACAAAGGAGUACCAUGUUAAUUCUCUUGCUGUGCCCCGCAAAGCAAAAAAAGCUAUUGGGGGGAUUACCAAACUCACUCAUGCUGAUGGGAGAACGAUGGUGAUCAAUGUUGAAUACAAUCAGCUUGAUCCUCUACUUCGAGCAACCGGUCAUCCUGAGGGAGACGUCAACUCCGAGACAGGCUAUUCUCCUUUUCCUGGAAAUAUUAACCAGUUGAUUUUGAACCUUGGUCCUUAUAUUGAAGAGCUCACCAGAACACAAGGUGCCAUACCGGAGUUUGUAAAUCCUAAGUACAAGGAUUCUAGUAAGACUUCAUUUAAGUCCUCAACUCGAUUGGAGUGUAUGAUGCAAGAUUAUCCAAAAUCACUGUCUCCUUCAGCAAGAGUCGGAUUCACCGUGAUGGAUGCAUGGUUGGCUUAUGCACCUGUCAAAAACAACCCUGAAGAUGCUGCAAAGGUGCCAAAAGAUCCAGUAACUGCAACUUUCAAUGGACAACAAGUGGAAGUGUGGCCACGCAUCACAUGGAAGCCCAAAUGGGCAAUGACUUUUGCUGAGGUACGACACAAAGUGAGUGGGAACUGUUCCAUCUCACAAACCUCUACUAUGGUCAUCAACGGUCGUACCGUGUUUGUGGAGGAUGUCUCUUUGGAUGGAGCGCUCAUUUUAAAUGCAGUUGAAGAUGCAGAGGUUAAAGUUGUAGGACCUGUGCAUAACCAGGGUUGGGUUUUGGAGCAAGUUGAUCACAAAGACACAUCAAUUCCUGAGGAAAUAAGGAUUAGAGGUUUCCAUUUCAAUAAAGUUGAGCAGCUGGAGCUAAAUUACAACGAGCCAGGGAAAUUCAGCAACAGCUCGUGAGAAGGAAACUUACCGUAUGGAACAGAUAGAAUACUAUGGUGAGCGAAACUGCAACCUCAGAAAUUCAAUUUACUGUGGGUAAGCCAUGAAGGUGGGAAUCUAUCAUGCACAAUAAUUUAGGAGUAAAGCAUGUUUUAGCUACAAUUUUUUUUUUUUAAUUUACCAGCAAUCAUAAA